UUCGGCGCAGCACCGGAAAGCGCGUGGGGGUGUAUAAUCCACUUGUGGAGCUGAAGCUGCUGCAGCUCCGGUAUGGCGGCGGGCUGCUGAGACUCGUGGAAUAAACCAGAGUAAACCGGAGUAGAUCCGAAUUAACCCGGUUUAGAUCCGAAUCCGCGGCUUUGCGGGGAGCAGAGCGGGGAUGGCGGGUGUGCGGGAGGCGAGCGCGGUGGGUGCUGCGCUCGCGCUGGCGGGGGGGUUACUGUUUAUACUCUGGAGCUUCUUACAAACCAGAAAACCCGAGAAACCGCGGGAAAAACCGCGACUACCGAACCCCGAGACCCGGACCCGAACCUCCGAGACCCGGACCCACACCGCCCGGGCGGCUCAGCAGCCCCAGGAAGCCGGUACCCAGGUGCUGGUGUUGGGUCUGGAGGGCGCGGGGAAGACCAGCCUGCUGCACUGCUUCGCGACGGGCAGCCUGGAGCAGGACGUCUCGCCCACUCAGGGCUUUAAUGCCAUCUCCAUCAACCGGGAGGACCUGCACAUCGAGUUCCUCGAGAUUGGAGGUGUGGAGAAGCUGAGGGAGUACUGGCAGAUGUAUCUGAAGAAGGCUCGGGUUCUGGUGUUCGUGGUGGACUCGGCGGACCCGGCCAGCUUCCCCCUGGCUAAAACUCACCUGCACCAGCUGCUGGCUGCCGACCCGUACCUGCCGCUGGUCCUGCUGGCCAACAAACAGGACGUGCCGGGCGCUCGGGGCGUGGCGGAUCUGUAUGAGGAGUUGGCGCUGGGCUCGGUGGGCGACGCCCGUAAGCUGUGUGUUCUUGGGACGCAGGUUCGGAGGGGCCGGGCGGAGGCUAACGCCGGCGUGCAGGACGCCCGAGAGCUGAUCAUCGAGAUGAUGAACCACACCCACGCCUAGAACCAGCGCUCCACCUGAUUGGCUGAACUUUAAGAUCAGUCAACCAGUCUGAAUGUCUUUAAACCAAUCAGGGCCCUUUCUUUACCAAAUAUGUUACUGAUUGUACCUUAAAGGAGCAGCUCCACCAAAUAUGCUAACAUGCUAACACGCUAACAUGCUAAACAUACAGUGACAUGUCAAAAGUCUUGGGACAGGAGCUGGUAUUAUGGGAUUUGUGGGCGGGGUCUCCUGCACUGAAUGUGGAUGUGAUUUCUGCACUUAUAUCUGUUAACACGGACAGUUCUAGCCAGAAGCUGCCGGUCACCAUCAUUACCCCCCCCACUGCUCUGUAACACCUCUAUAACAGCUGAUCCCAAGUCGUCCUCUGAGUUGACACUUCGUUAUCAGUUUAUAUACUGCUGUCCCAUGAUUUUUGGCAUGUCUAUGUGAAUGAAAGCUCCUAACCACUAGUUAGCAUAAUGCUAAUCGGAGGCUAUUCACUUUCAUUGUCUGUUAACAUUAGCAACAGUAUAGGUUACUUGGGGAUGUCACAGGGCUGUAGGGUUAAUAGCUCUAGUAUUUCAGUAGACUGUUUUAUAAGUGUUCUGGUUUGUUUGGGGAAAGAAUUUUAAGCUGUAAAAAUACAGUACAGUACUGUGCAAAAGUUUUAGUACCCCUAAACACAAUAUUAUAAAUGAUUUCUCUCAGCACUGAAAGAGUGAUUAGUGUAAAAACUCAAGAACAGAUAAAUACAAUGUAAAGUAACAAGGAUUUCCUGUUUCUAAAAGCUAGUCUGAAGAAUAAAGCUCAGUUUCAGAUUUCUCCUGGACGAUGUUCAAUUCCAUUAGCAGCUCAUCUGAUUUAUCAUCAUUCAGCUCUGAUUUAAAGAGAAAUAUACUUAAUAUUUCACUCCAUGAGGAGAAAUGAGGAGAUGUUUCAACCCUUUUAUUAUUUUACAGGUUAAAUUGACCCAUUUUAUGGUUUAAAAUAAUAUAUAGAAAAAUAUAUAUUAAUGGAAAUUUCUCAUUUAAUUCCAGAAUAUCAUGAUACUAAUAAUUAUGUACUCCAAUUAUCUCCAUAUAUCCAGGAUUAAAGUAAAAUAAAUUAUACUGGACUGAUAGAAUCUGUCUUUAGUAGGUAUAAAAUGUGAAAUGAGACCAGUAUGAAUUUUUAUUUAGCUAAAAACAGUAAAAAAAAAAAAAAAAAAAAAAAAA